AUGCCGGAAUGCCCGGACCGCGGGGCCAAGGCGGCCCCCAUCCAUCAUAAAAUCUCCUUCUCCAUCUUAGACAUCCUGGAUCCCCAGAAAUUCAGCAGGAGACGCGAACCAGCCGCGGGGAGCUGGGGCAGCGCCCCCCGCUCGGGCGAGCGGGAGAAAAGUUUGGGAAGAGUUGAAGUAGGAAAGGACGCUGCUGCUCCCGGCAGCGGGAGGAAUAAACUAGAGGCACAUGAUGCGCACUGCCCGGCGGAGAGCGGCGCGGAGGCAGCGGGGCAGGAGCGCGACGAGGAGGGCCCGCCCGGGGCCGAGGCCGGGACCGGGACCGGGACCCAGCCCGCCGCCCGCCCGCCCGGUCCGGAGGAGCCGGACUCGCCGCGGGGCGCCAGGCGGCGGCGGGCCGAGGCGGGGUGCGGCAAGCCGCGGCGGGCGCGGACGGCCUUCACCUACGAGCAGCUGGUGGCCCUGGAGAACAAGUUCCGGGCCACGCGGUACCUGUCGGUCUGCGAGCGGCUCAGCCUGGCGCUCUCCCUCAGCCUCACCGAGACGCAGGUGAAGAUCUGGUUCCAGAACCGACGCACCAAGUGGAAGAAGCAGCACCCGGGCGCCGACGGGGCGGCCCCUGCCGCAUCCCCCGCCGCGGCGGCAGCGGCGGGCGGCGGCAGCCCCAGCCCGCCGGGCCCCGGCGCUCUGUCCUUCCAGACUUUCCCUUCCUACGCCGCCGGCAACGUCCUCGUCCCGCCGGCCGCCCCCUUCCCGCUGGGCGGCGGCCCCUUCGCGCCCUUCCUCGGCCCCGCGUACCUCGGCCCCUUCUACGCCCCGCACCUCUGAGGUGGGCAGAGCCGCCGGGAGCCGGGCGGAGGGGCGGCGGGCCGCUCCCGGACGGUGGGGGUCGAGUCCCCCCCCUCGGCCGCCCGGGAGCCAGACACGGUCCUCGGCCCUUCUGUCCCAGCGGGGCACAACGUCUUCGCUUCUGGUGGUUGCAUGGCGAUUCGAAGUGUAAGAAAGUUGAGUUUUUCUAGUCGUCGCAGCAGCAUGUUUAAGGUACAUACUUGGACAAAGAGAAAAAAACCCACUGUAACCACCGGAUUUUAUUAGCGCAUUGGAGAUGUAAUUAUAGGCGUUGGAGAUGGGAAAAGUAACCCUCUUUACACAUGCCUGACACUAACUCCCUCCAGAUUCUUCUCCAAGUUCCUUUUUAAAACACUCCUCGUUGCCAUUUGGCUUGCCAGCACAUGUCUGAAACCUCGGGAGCUCAGGAGCUGUGGCACUUGUUAGUACUGCUGUUAUCCUGAUGCUGAUGCACGCGGCUGUUUCAAAUCCCAGGGAUGCUCGCCAGCAAAGACGUCCCCAGCCUCUGCUUUUGUUCAUGGGACUCGGUUGUGCCCCGUUUGACUCACGUUUUAUUAUUGUUUCUGACUUCUGACCUAUAAACCACCAGGUAUCCUGCCUGGAAGAGAGUUUUUGUCUGAGAAGGUGUAGGAAACUGCAGCUCCGUGUCAUCAGGCAACGAGUAGAAAAUCUGUGCGGUCAGUGGGAAAGUAUUCAGUUGCUGCUAACGUACAUGGCCUCUGCCUUUCUGUUCAGUUCAUCCCCAGUGACUUCAAAGGUUUUGGAUGAGAUGUCUGAAGAUCAUUCUUUUUGCAGAGAACAGUUGUUCUUGUAGUAACACAGCAUUAGUGCCAAAUGAGGCAGAAAAGAAAACAUAAAUCAGAGAAAAUGAUUACAUUAUUCAUUUCUUUAAAAACAGGGCAUUUGUGGUAGAAAAUAAGUAAAACGCAGAAUUUCCAGCAUGCCGAGACCUAUUCUCCAUAACAGAGAAACACAUGCUUUUUGUUUCUUGCUUUUCUGGAGCAUUUGUUAGACAGGAAAAUCACAUUUCAUCUUCGUUGUUACAAGCACUGGAAUGAAAAGAAAUUUUAGCUGGGGGCUUAUCCGUCCCUGAACGGAUGGGAAGUAAUUGGUUUAAAAAAAUCUGUCUCAUGCAGUUUCAUAGAUUAUUACAACACGCUGUUCAAGACUGUAUCCCCUCAGUCUCUUACGAUGCUUUAAAGUACACAUUGGCUCUCCGACCAAAAAACUUAGCUCAUAAAUCCUAUCUAUCUCUUCUUGUGUUUGUCUAA